AAAACUAUAGUCUCAAUUAAAAUUCACACAUUCUUCUUCUCUCUAUUUUCCCUCUUUAUAACCCCUUCAUAUCCUUCCAACACAAGUGUCCAUCAUUAGAAGUUGCAUCUCUAUUUUGCGCACACAUCGAAAAACAGUGCUCUGCUAAUGAAAUCGAUCCACUAAUAAUUAUUUCAAUCAAGAUCGAGCACGCUUAUCUAGAGGAAAAAAAGACAUGAGUAAUAAUAAUAUUGUGGAGAAGGCAAUCAAGAGUUUAGGAAAAGGAUUUGAUUUAACAUGUGAUUUUAGACUAAAGUAUUGUAAAGGAAAUGAAAGGCUUGUGUUACUAAAUGAAAAAUUGAAGAAAGAGUUGAUGGUGCCUGGUUUUGGAGCUUAUGAAAAUGUACCAAUUGAUAUUAAGUGUGAUAAAGGUGAUAGAGUUAGAUUUCAAUCUGAUAUUCUUGAUUUUAAUCAGAUGUCAGAAUAUAUAAAUAGGAGAAGUUCAGUGCCUGGAAAAAUACCAUCUGGACUGUUUAAUUCAAUGUUUGGAUUUGAGAGUGGUUCAUGGGCUAAUGAUGCAGCAAAUACAAAGUAUUUGGGGCUUGAUGGUUAUUUCAUCAUAUUAUUUGAUGUUCAUAUUGAUAGAUAUUCACUUGUUUUGGAUAAUCAAGUUAUUAAUGAUGUUCCUUCCACUUGGGAUCCUGCAGCACUUGCAAGGUUUAUUGAAAAAUAUGGUACACACAUAAUAGUGGGGUUAAGUAUUGGAGGACAAGAUGUGGUCCUAGUGAGGCAAGACAAAUUAUCAAACAUGGAACCAUCACAACUCAAGAACCACUUGGAUGAACUUGGUGAUCAAUUAUUCACUGGCAUUUGCAACUAUUGUCCACAACAAUUCAAAUCAAGAGAACAAAAACAUAAGGCAUUCAAUAUUUUUGAUCCACAACCCAACAUCUUUAGCAGCUUUCCAUCAGCAACAACCAAAAAUGGUGUAACUGUGAUAUGUUCAAAAAGAGGUGGAGAUUUAACAGCAAAUACACAUAGUGAAUGGCUUCUAACAGUGCCUUCAAUGCCAGAUGCAAUUGCCUUUAACUUAAUUCCUAUUACUUCACUUCUCAAAGGUGUUCCUGGCAAAGGCUUUUUAUCACAUGCUAUCAACCUUUAUCUUAGAUAUAAGCCACCCAUAGCAGAUUUGCAAUAUUUUCUGGAUUUUCAAGCCCACAAAAUUUGGGCUCCUAUUCACAAUGAUCUUCCUUUAGGCCCAACUACAAAUAGGUCCAUUAGGCCUCCAGCCCUUCAUUUCAAUUUGAUGGGCCCAAAGCUAUAUGUAAACCCAACUCAGGUAAUUGUUGGGAAGACACCUGUAACUGGAAUACGACUUUAUCUUGAAGGAGUAAAGUGUGAUAGGCUGGCCAUACAUUUACAACACUUGAUAAACACUCCAGUACUCCUACAAGACAAAAUAGACGAUCCGCUGACGUGGCGCGGACCCGACCAUCGGAAAAAAUUCUCACAGGCUCCUGUAAAGUACGAUCCGAAUUGGGCACCAUACGAGAAUGGCUUUAGUUUCAUCGUUACGGGUGCUCAACUCCACGUUAAAAAACACGAACUCUUACAUCUCAGAUUGUUAUAUUCUAAAGUUUCUAACUCAUGUAUCGUGCAGUCUCAGUGGAUGCAAUGUGCCUUCGAGAGUUGCACGAAAUCAUCAUCGGGUUUUGUAUCGGCUAUUAGUGGUGCAUCCUCGAUUCCCGGGUUUUUACCCGAGAAACCGGUGGUGGUGUACCCGACCGGCCCACCGGUGCCGGUGCAUACCCAAAAGCUACUUAAAUUUGUGGAUACAACACGAUUGUGUAGAGGCCAUUGGUUGGUUACCGGGGCAAAAUUGGACUUGGAAAGAGGAAAAAUUUGCUUGCGUGUUAAAUUCUCCUUGCUAAAUAGCGCUUCUUAAUCUUUUACGUCCAGUAAUACUCGUUGUGGACUUUUAGUUAAUUCAGAUUCGUAUAAAAAAAUUAUUUUGAAAGGUUUCAUCAAAGAUGACUUCAUUUAUAGAGUUGAGAGUCGAAAUCCCCAAACAACAGAUGGAGAUAUAUAUAUAUAUUGUUUACUUCUUGAGAAGUCCCCAAAAAUGUGGGUUGUAAUUAGUUAUUUUGAGAAAUUGGCUUGUGCAAUGUAUAUAAGUUAUAAUAUGGGGUAAAAUAUAGAACUUGAGUUUAA